AUGCCAGCCAGUGACGCCCUCCAACCACCUCUCACCCCGGCCGAGCGCGUGAUUGUUAGAUCUUACGGUGGCUGGACAUCCUUCAUGAUAAGCUUCGGUCUCAAGCCGUGGGAGGAUGAUGACGCUGAGGAGGGAAAGAAAAUCCUGGAGGCCCUUGCUCAGGAUGACGAAGACCCUGAAUGA